AUGCAUUCAAGCGCUUAUGCCGACAUCCUUCCGAUGACGAUCGGGAAUCGUGUAUCAUUUGAAGAUUGCGAGCUUUACCCAGCUCCUGACUCUUGCGCCGAUCCAGCCUACUUUCCGAACGAAUCUCAAUUUCAACUGCGAUCGUCCCAUCUCCAGAGCAUUCCUAAGACUCAUUACUUCCCUGCGUAUAUGUCGUGGACCCACGGAUCUCUUCCCUCGCACACUGCUGGUCCUUUGUCGGUAAUGGAGAUGGGUCUCCACCCUGUUCUCUUGAGUCCAGAUCGCGUCGCAUCACCUUGGAGCGGCUACUCCUCCAUCUCUGGUGCAGAGAGCCCUGGCAGCACCGCAGAUGGUAGCUUUGCACACAGCAACAUGAUGGAACCCUACCCGUCCCCACCCUAUGCCUAUGAUGAUCCAAGAGAUUCCUCAGUCAAGGCAGAACAAUAUUCCUCACCAGUGACGUCUAUCACUAGCUCGGUCGCCUUGCCUCAAAUACAAACCUAUCCUGACCCCGACCCGAUGGUGAACUCACCCUACUCAGUGACUGCGCCAGCACAGCCCAAUGUUUACGAGGAACACAAUUGCUCUGAAGGAUUGGAAGUCGUGGCAGCUCAAGCUCAUCACCGCGGCUCGGAUAGUACGUCGGGUCACAAAACCCCUCCACCUUCCCCUCGACGUCGAAAGUCUCGCUGCAGCGUUCAGAAAGGCUCGCCACCGAACCGCGUCACUAAGAGGAAGACUCAGGUCAAGCCAAACAUUAGAGCGUCAGCUUCGAAACAGCAUCCUGCCAAGUCGAAGACCAAGGGCCACGUCUUCGUCUGCAGCUUCUCACGCUACGGCUGCGCAAGUACCUUUGCCUCCAAGAACGAAUGGAAGCGACACAUUGCCUCUCAGCACGUCCAACUCGGCUUCUUCCGCUGCGACGUCGGCAACUGCAACGGCGGCCACAAACCCAACAACAAAAUGACCUCAACUUCCACCCUCAACCACCACGACCAGCCCGGUCACCAAACCAACGACUUUAACCGCAAGGAUCUUUUCACCCAGCACCAGCGCCGCAUGCAUGCACCCUGGGUCCUCGCGGGCCGGCCCGACGCCACCACCGAGCAGGAACGGAAGGCCUUCGAGGCCAGUCUCGAGGAUGUCCGCGCUCGCUGCUGGCAUGAGCAACGCAAGCCGCCACAACAGAGUUCCUGUGGAUUCUGCGGGCGCAAUUUCUCCGGCCCAAACAGCUGGAAUGACCGUAUGGACCAUGUCGGACGGCACUUCGAAAAGGAUGAGACUCCUCUUGAGGAGGCCGAGGAUAUCGCCCUAAGGGACUGGGCCAUCAGAGAACGGAUCAUCCAGCGUGAUAGUAAAGGGCAGUGGAUGCUUACUGCUUUGUGCUAA